UGCGCCUGACAGUUCGGCUGCAGACAGCCUGUCAAACCCAGCGCAUAGGUAAUGUAGGCUCAAAGGUUACGGGACUGAUCGAAUCGGGCGGUACCGAAGGAAUUAUUAUCCAGCACAACGAUACAGCAUUUGUUUCACCAUGGACUCAUUCAGACGGUUUCAGGAUGACGACUAUAAAAACUGGAUUAAAACGACCAUGGGUCUGAAUUGUCUUAAAACGAGACUAGGAGGAUUCCUGGAACACGAAACCGAAACCUACCACGAUCACCUCCGAAACAAAGUGAACGCAAACAAAGGCGAUCUAUGUACAACACAAUGUAACCUAAAGAAAUGGAUGCCCAGGGCAAAGCAGGUUCCUCAAGUGUGUGAAGUGUGCGAGCCAUGGAGAGAUGAGAUCUGGGCCAACCAUUCAUUUAAAGGCGGACAGGUCUACUGGAGUAACUCCAAGCCGUACCUGUGGCCUACGAAAAAAUGGGAGGUAGCCAAGGUCUACAUGCCCCGUGGAAAUAUGGACCACACCACUGUGGACCAAUUUGACAUCUCGGCCUUCCUCAAUCUCAUGACCCAAUGCAGCUACUUUGCCAAGUUUGUGAAGUCCAAAACUCUUAUCACACAGGUGACCAACGUGAGGAACCAGGUGAUGCACUCGGCUGACUUCCGGGUGGAGAAGGGGGAGUUAGAAUCUUACCUAGGGCGAAUCAAAGACCUGGGCCAGGCUCUGAAAACACACUACCCCAAAUUCAGUGAGCUGACAGAGGAGAUCGAACAGCUCCAGAAUACAGACUUCAGUUUUAUCAUGAGCUGUGUUGGGAAGAAGAUUGCACUUGCGGCAGAUAAGGUCCCGGAGAGCAUGCUGAAACUCCAGAACUUUCUGAGUCUGGAACAACAGAUACUGAAGGAAAAGUUGGAGUGUCUGUCCCAACGCUAUGAAGAGGACAGAGAGACAGCCCUUACUCUGGAGGAGUUGCAGUGUGUGAGGGUGUUUCUGGAGGGGAACAAUGACCUGCAGGAGAGCCUGGCGCCACAGUGGGAGAGACUGACAGAGGUGCAGGAAAGAGUGGACACACUCACCGUCAGAGUGGACACACUGGAGAGGAACACACGCACACACGAUCCUGAGUUCAGUGCUGACAUCCUCAAAUAUAAGAACCAUCUGUAUGAGGAGGCCAGGAGGCAAGGGUGGCCUGAGCCUGUCUUCUCAGAGAUAAAGGAAGCCCUCGGUUACAGGGGUCGUGUGCGGGUGAGAGGUCAGACAUUUGAAGGUGUUCAGGUGUGCCCAAAGUCGAAGACAGCGCACCAGGAAGUGGCUAAACUGGCCCUGAGCCAGCUUGCCAAGGACAGUGCUAGCCUGAGUGAGCUAGCCAAUGACACAGAGGAGGGAGAGGCAUCCAGUAGCCAGACGGACCAACCACAAAGCCUCUCAUGCACAGGCCCCGUGUUCUUCGGUAGUGUCACUGUGGUCCUUAAAACUGACAUCACCUCUGGAGAGGGGCAUUCUGGAAUGACAGAGGCUGUUCAGUCUGCCUACAAGAAACUAGCUCUCCUGUUGGAUCUACCAGAAUCAGCUUCCUCCUAUAAGGAUGUGGUCCUGGAGCACUGUCAUACGCGGGAUGUCCCACCCCCAGAGGAGGCUGUCCAAUCUGAUGCAGAGGAGAAGACCUACCAAUGCACUCUUCGAUUCACUGGACCAAUCACCUUCUAUGUCCCAGAGGGUUCCAGCAAAAAGAAACAUGCAUGUCAGCAGGCAGCUAAAGUGGCCCUCCAGCGGCUGUCCGGAGUCCUCGGCAGUAAGGAAGUGGUGGGAGGGAACUACGUGAGCACCCUGAAAGAGCUGCUGGAGGCUCAGACCCCACAACUGGACAAGCCUGCGUAUGAUGUCACAGACAGAGGAAGGGGAGCGGGGGAGGUCACUGAGAGGGGGGGGGGAGUGGAGGAACGUGGAGGGGUGACAAGUGGGGAGGGGAUAGGCAAGAAGGAGAAAGGAGUGGGGUCAAGCGAAGGUGAGGGCUGCCCUCACCUCCCACCAGCUCCCAUGAUACAUAGCGUGCAGCCCCCCGAGAGUCAGGUGGUCCCAGUGUCACGCAUGGAAACCUUGGUUACUAUGGACCCCAUGGCUACCACAGUCACCAUGGUUGCCAUGCAUACCGCAGCCCCCAUAAAUACCACAAUUACCAUGGAGACCCAGGGGAGGGGCCUCAGAGUCAGACCCCCACCAAGCCACGCCCACCCUUCCAGAGGAGAGCAGCGUCACUUCAGAUGGCCUGGGGUUCGUUAUGUGUGUGGCGGUACGUGUGCAGAAGGACCUCGACCCACACGAGGCCUCCUCUCGAGAGGAGGCGCUACAGGCAGCCUACUGCAGUCUGCUCCAGGGCCUGUCCCUGGGUCCGCCGCCGACAGCAGGUGGUGAGAAGCAGAGUGUGCUGGAGUUCUUCAGACGGGCCAAGUGUGUUCCCCCAGUGGAGGACUGUGUAACAACAAUGGAGGGAAAGCACAGAUGCACUCUAAGAAUCGUAGGCGAGCUCACCUUCCACAGCACAGGCGGCCCCCAAAAAGCAGCAGGCAGAGCAUUGUGCAGCUAAGGAGGCCCUGAGGCGUCUGAAUGGGGUCCUGAGUGGGGUUUUGGACGGAGACAUCGGCAGAGCGGGUCCAAACUACAAGGGUAAACUCCAGGAGUUGCUGGUCAAGC